AUAGACUUUCCUAGGGAGGCGGAGGACUAUGAUCCCCCUAGAGUUGGAACACACCCUCCAGUAACCGUUCUUGGAAAGGGGGACCACUAAUCAAGAGAGUAUGUACAUCCACACACUGUGAAGAGUGGGCAGCAAAAAAAAAGAAGGAAAGAACUGAAGGGGCCCACUGAGCUCACAAUUCCAAGUGUAAAGUCGGCCCUCUUGCUUGUCUCCCUCGUAUACCAACCGUUGUGGUCAGAAUGGAGGACACAUACAAUAACAGGACUUCCCUGGUUAAAGGGGCUAAGGACAUGGUCAAGGAGGCAAAGCGGCAGGCAACAAAGAAGGUCAACAAAGUGGUGGAUCGUGCCGCGGACGAGUAUUCAUCCCAUCACAACUAUUCACGCUUCCAGGACGAUGAGGUCGAUGAUGAGGAAUUCUACAGGAAUCCACCUAGGCAAGAUGGAGACGGUUACCAUGACAACGACGAGGGUUCCAGCGAUGCCACAGAGGGCCACGACGAUGAGGACGAGAUAUACGAGGGCGAGUACCAGGGGGUGCCCUCCACGGGAGACAGGAAGCAUAAGGAGGGCCAAGUGGCCUUGGGGCAACCCAUGUCAGAUGCAAUGAGGGACAGAAAGGAGCUGGAACAGGAGCGACAGGCUGAUGAGGAGGAGCUGGCUCAGCAGUACGAGCUGAUCAUCCAAGAGUGCGGCCACGGGAGGUUCCAGUGGCAGCUGUUCCUGGUUCUUGGAUUGGCCCUCAUGUCUGAUGGGGUGGAGGUGUUUGUAGUGGGCUUUGUGCUUCCAAGUGCUGAGACAGACAUGUGUGUGCCCAACUCCAGCUCUGGCUGGCUAGGGAGCAUUGUUUACCUUGGAAUGAUGCUUGGUGCAUUCUUUUGGGGAGGAAUGUCUGACAAAGUGGGCCGGAGACAGUGCCUCCUCAUUUGCAUGUCCACCAAUGGCUUCUUUGCCUUCCUGUCAUCUUUCGUUCAGGGAUACGGCUUCUUCCUUGUUUGCCGACUUGCCGCCGGGUUCGGGAUAGGGGGCGCCGUGCCCAUCGUUUUCUCCUUCUUUGCGGAGGUGUUAUCCAGGGAGAAAAGAGGUGAACACCUCAGCUGGCUGUGUAUGUUUUGGAUGAUUGGUGAGAUCUACGCUUCGGCAAUGGCCUGGGCCAUUAUCCCCCACUAUGGAUGGAGUUUCAGCAUGGGCUCAGCGUACCAGUUCCACAGUUGGAGGGUGUUUGUGGUGGUCUGUGCCCUGCCUUGUGUGUGUGCUGUGGUCGCACUUACCUUCAUGCCUGAAAGCCCCAGAUUUUACCUUGAGGUGGGGAAGCAUGACGAAGCCUGGAUGAUCCUCAAACAAAUCCACGACACCAACAUGAGAGCACGUGGGCAGCCAGAGAAAGUCUUCAGCGUGAACAGGAUAAAGAUCCCAAAGCAGCUUGAUGAAUUGGUUGAAAUGGAGACAGAGUCCGGAAAUCCAGUUUCCAAAGCCAUCUUCCGGAUGAAGGCUGAAAUCCAUGGGAUCUAUCUGAAUCUCAUGAAGUGUUUCAACUACCCGAUGCGAGAAAACAUGAUGCGACUCGCCAUAGUGUGGUUCACGCUGUCGUUUGGGUAUUAUGGCCUGUCUGUCUGGUUUCCUGAUGUCAUCAAACACCUCCAGGCAGACGAAUAUGCCUCCAAAGUCCAAAUGCACAACAACGAACGUAUUGAAGACUUCACCUUCAACUUCACACUGGAGAACCAGAUACACAAAAAUGGCCUUUUUAUCAAUGAUCGAUUCAUCAACAUGAAGCUAAAAUCUGUCACCUUUAUCGACUCAACCUUUCGUCACUGCCACUUUGAUGAUGUCACAUCAGUGGGCUCCUAUUUCCAUAAUUGCAUUUUCAUCGAUGCGUUCUUCUUUAACACAGACAUUGAUGACUCCAAGCUGAUUGAUGGCACUGAGGUGAUCAACAGUACGUUCACGCACAACAAGACAGGAUGCCAGAUGACUUUCGAUGAUGAUUACAGCGCCUACUGGGUUUACUUCAUCAACUUCUUGGGAACCUUGGCAGUUCUGCCUGGGAACAUUGUGUCUGCUCUUCUCAUGGAUAAAACGGGCCGUCUGUCUAUGUUAGGGGGCUCUAUGGUGCUGUCUGGCAUCAGCUGCUUCUUCUUGUGGUUUGGUACCAGUGAGUCUAUGAUGAUUUUCAUGCUGUGCCUUUACAACGGCCUGAGUAUCUCUGCCUGGAACUCCCUGGACGUGGUCACAACUGAAUCCUUCCCGACUGCCAGAAGAGGAACAGGCUUUGGAUUCUGCAAUGCGUUGUGUAAGAUGGCUGCAGUCCUGGGGAACCUGAUUUUUGGUUCUCUGGUUGGCAUCACAAAGGCAAUCCCCAUCCUAAUGGCGUCCUCGGUGCUGGUGACAGGAGGUCUGGUGGGUCUGCGCUUGCCUGAUACCAGGGCCAACGUCCUCAUGUAACACCAGCAGUACAACCUAAAGGAAGACAAGAGAACACUGAGAAAGGAAUGCAAAUGACUUGGAUCAUACAUAUCUUAACUGUAGUAAUCAUAUUUAGCUUAAAGCCAACUUAAUGACACCAGUCAGCAGUACAAGAUUUCUUGCAAGUUAGUAAGUGUGCAUGUUUUACAAAACAUUGAAGGUUGCACAUGUUUCCGAUCAAAAUGUUUUUUCAUUACAUUCAAUGUGGGAUUCCAGCUGUAUCUGGCAUCUUCUGUGGUGUUAUCACAUCGCUUAAACUCAAGGCUUUUAAUAUUGAUAGUCUUAUUAAGAGGAGCCAGAUGGGGAGAAAAGUGCAAAACAAGCUGUAAUGAGCUCAGCCAGCCUGCUGUGCAAUAACGGAGGGACUAGAUGAUCACACAGUGCGGACACACAACACAGAUGCAUGGCAGCUGGUUUUCCCACAAAUACACAACAUGUUGCAGAUGGUCAGACAUGGAGCAGACAGGUGCAACACAAAAAACGUGAAAGCGCUCACAUUCACACACUUUCAGCUUGGAGUGUACCCAACUUUGCUUGCAACCUCUGCAAAGUAGAUGCAAAGGUUUUAUUCUACCUAUCACGUAGAAUGAAAAAUGCCAUAGAGCUGUAUUGUACAAAGAAUAUAUUCAUUUUGAAUCUGACAACUUAAUUCAUUGUGGCAUCGGAAUGGUGUAAUUAAUUGAAUCCAAACCAUUUUUGUCUAACUAUACAAAAAAAAUGUCUCUUCUGGUUUUGCUUUGUUUUUUGCUUGCUUACGGCAGUGACUUUGAUAAUGACAUGCCAUGCUGCUUCCUUUUUGGGAAAAAAACAAACUAAAUACAAAUGGCCUUUUUAAAUGUGCCUCUCCUGAGCUGGAGCUGCUGCCCAUUGUGUUGUCCUGUGGUUACAGCAAGCGGAAUCUAAACUGGUAGUGUCAUUAAAUAUUGAUAGUGAUAUUGAUAUUUAUUAGGGUGUCACGAGACACCCAAACUCAUGGGAGAAGAUACAUGGGAUUGGGUCAACAAGAACGAGACGAGACAAGGUUUUAACAUCAUAUACAAUGAAAAAAUAGUACUGGACACAAAAAACACAACUUUAACCGAGUCACAAAACCAUGCAUUUUUCUCACAGGCAAGUCAUACUGCCUAUUAUUAUUAUUAUUUUUGUUUUAUUUCUGCAAUAAGCUGAGGAAAAGACAGGAAGCAGAACUGGAGGUAACAGAGAUGAGGAUGCUGAGGUUUACAUUGGGAGCGACCAGGAUGGAUAGGAUCAGGAACGAGUACAUCAGACAGACAUUACAUGUUAGAGGCCUUGGAGAUAAAGCCAGAGAGGCCAGACUGAGAUGGUUCGGACAUGUCUAGAGGAGUGAUAGUAAAUAUAUUGGUAGAAAGAUGCUGGGUUUAGAGCUGCCAGGUAGGAAGUAUAGAGGAAGACUAAAGAGGAGGUUUAUGGAUGUAGUGGAGGAGGACAUGAGGGUAGUUGGAUGGAGGAGAUUGAUUUGCUGUGGCGACCCCUGAAGGGAAAAGCCCAAAGAGAAAGGAGAAGAAUAAGCCAAGCUCCACAGAUGGGCCCUGUGCCACAUGUUGGGCACUCGUGUGCUUUAGCAGCAAGAUGAGGUGCUGCCAAGCAAAGGAGGAGCGUGUUGGUUGAUUGUCGAGGUGGAGAUCAUGUCGGUAUUUCAUUACCGAAUAAAUGCAUCAUGUAAGAUAGACUUCCUGUCUUUCAUUUUUAAUGCACAGAUCUCCUCUAUGUAUGAGGUGUGUUAUGAGGCGGAGUUACGGACACAAGCUCUGAGCAGCCGGUUAAGACAACCAGAGUACAGAGCGGAGGGAGCCACCUCCUGUGGCUGCCACCAUGCACUAGACACCUGCUGCAAGCAGACCCAGCGCUACCAUUAUUCAUGUUGAUGGUAAAAAAUGGUAACCGUGAUUAACCAGGUCCAGGUUCAGACAGGUCCGUACAUAUCCGUGUUUUGAUCUGAUAAAUAUGAACUAACUAUAAUCAAAUGUAGAAUAACUACAGCUUCUGCUUGGAUAUUAACAUUUAACUCCAGUGAAAAAACAUCCACCAGGUGAUGCUGGGAACACUGAGAUAGGUGUAUGUAUGUAAAGCACUAAUAAUGCUUAGCACAUCUCAACGUCCAUGUUACAUUUAUUAUAAUUCAUAGUAGCGAUGUCACAGUGUGAUUGACUUCUGGCUACCCUGUUCUCAUGAGACAGGUUUUCUCUAAAAGAGAUCUCUCGUCGAUCUUGUGACACCCCUAAUAUUUAUUUGAUCUUACUGUCGUUUUAAAGUAAUGUAUAAAAAAUGAGAUAUAUAUUUUUAUUUAUUUAUUUCUCAUACACUUGGGGCCAUUGUCCAUUCUGUCUGGUCAUUGACCUUUCUCUGCAAUUGUUUGUUUUGGGACUAGUCAAUAAUAAUUGACAUAAGAAAAUAAGAUUUUGUAUUUGUGCUUACACAUGAAAAUUGAUUAAAUAUUAAUCUAAUUUAUGUAUACAACACAAACUUGCACUGUAUAGCAAACAGUGUUUUUCCCCAGUGGGUCCAACACUGUUGUUUUUCUUUUGGCUUUUUCCUGAUUACGCAGUUGCCACAGCGGAUCUUUUACAUGCGAGAAAAGCGUGUUAAUAAUAAUUAAAUACAUACAUAAAUAAAUAACCAGAUGUGUUAAUAUCAUGAUCAACUUGUGCUUUUUAUUUUGCUUGAAGUAUUGGAAGAAUUUCUUAUAGAUACUGCUAUAUCAUGCAAGUGUGUGUGUGUGUGUGUGUGUGUGUGUGUGUGUGUGUGUGUGUAUGUAUGUGUGUGUGUAAGCAUGUAUGUGUAU